ACCAUCAACUUGCUCGUGAUGGAGUUCGUCCGAAUCUUUAUUCGUUGGAUAUAUUUUCCUGGAUGCAUUGUGUGGAUAAAACUGAUAUUAUUGUUAGCAAGUGUUGAUGGACUAAAAAACGUAGAACAACAACAAGUGUUUACGAGAUCAGAACUUCCUACACAUUAUAUAUUACAUCAUAAACUUACGUUUAAAGUCUUACAACAGCCGUUGAUUUGCUCUUAUAGUAACUUGACGACAUGUCAUAGUGAUCCGCAUUUACAUGAAACUUAUUAUGAACAAUGUUAUAGUGACACGUGUCCAAAAGAAAAGUAUUUUUGUUUAAAUAAUCCUAAUGGAAAUACAAUACACUUAUGUGGCCAGGCUGAUACUUGGAAGAAACGAUACAGAAAUAUAGCGGUUCUUGACACAGUUGUAUCCAACCAUGUUGAUGUGUAUAGAAUUGACUGUCCACUUGGCUAUUUCCAGUCAAAUAAAAGGAACACUUUUACUAAAUGUGACAAAGAUGAAUCAAUAAUUAUAGCUGAAAACGCCACAGAUCAAAGGCGUGCUUUAGGACGAUGUAAUUCGAAGAAGAAAUAUUGCAAUACUGAGGGAGUAACAUUAUUUGAGUUGGGUUCAGAUAAAGAUGCCUGUUUUGAUGCGAAGUACGAUCUGAAUAUUAGCUGUAGUGAAACAGCAGUGUUAAUGCCAAAUUGUGAUUGCGUUCCGAAAUGUCGGGCUUUUGAAGAAAGGGAGUGGAGUAAAAACUUUAUUUGCAGAUCUGUUGGUGAAAAUUUAUUUAUCCACAGUGAAACAGAUCCUGAAGGUACAACGCAAGAUCGUGAACGUAUUACUCAGGUCACUGAAUCUAAUAUUAAACCUACUAGUGGACACACUGUUCAUCAAACAAAUAAACAGGUUGACAUCGGCAUCAAAAGCCAGGAUAAAGAACUACCUGUUGUUGAUGACAAAAGACAAAAUACAGACAUCCAUGAAAGCAUUCAAUCAGUAAUGAUUAUCGGACUGGUCACAAUUGGGAUAAUAAUAGCGGUUGCAGUUGUGAUAUCUGUCCUGGUAUUUGCUACGAAGAAUCGUCACAUUGAUUGGGGAUUUGGAAAUUACAGCACUGUAUCCCAAGGAGACAGUGUAGACGAUCGGUCAAUACAAUUGGCUGCAGAAGAUGCAGGAAAUACAAAUAAAGAUACUAAAGAAUCAGGUCAAGUAAACAAAAUCAGUAGUACCAAAAUUAAGAAGACAACAUAUCAUGUACAUACGAAUAACGCUACCCUCAACUUUAAUCAAGAACACCAAGGAAAACGGAAUUUAGAAAUACAGAAUGUAUCUAAAUCCAUAGAUGUAGAAGCUUGUUUAGAGAACGUAUCUACAAACCAACCUUCCCCAUUACCACCCCAAAUGCAGAAUCUGAAGGUCCUGGAACUCGAAAUGUCUCAGCCUGACAGUGGAAUACACACAACAGAUCAAACAUAUGAAAAAACAGAGCAGUGAUAUGAGCCAUAAACAGCUUUGCGUAGAUGAGAGUAUCAAGGAAAAUAUGUUAUGGGCUUAAUAAUAAUUGUCGCAUAUAACUGCUGAAGAGACGGUUUUUAUGAGAAAUAAUUAAAUAUAGCUGUCAUUGAGACUAGCCAACGGUGCAUUUAAUUACCGAAAAGUUUGCCAGUUAUUAAAAUUCACCCCCUUGGUUGGAUGAAUACAGCUGUAAUUUCUAAAUUGUAUUUGUCUAUACUUCAAGAUAUCUACACAAGUUAAUAGGCAAUUCUUUUCACACACCAAUGAAACAUCUGAGAACUUUUCUACUGUUCCAUUCCGAAAAUUGUUCAGUUGUAUAAAAGAUUGUGCUUGUUGAGUUUUUGCUUCUACGAUACGAAUUCACAGGAUAAGACAUUGGGUCGUCAUCAGCAUUCACUUUCGUGUAAUUUGGAAUUCACAUUCAAGCUCGUUUACGAAACAAUAUAUAUAAAUUAUAACUGAGAUACUGAUAUUCCUAUUUCACAACGGAUAUCUCGUAUAACUAGAAAUUUGUGUGUUUAUUGUGUCGUUUCUCAGUGUGAUAUAAACAUUUUCCAAUGAACUAUGUGUUCUUAAGAACGAGCUACUUCAAAAAGUUUAUUGAUGUAGGCUUAGUUAUUUGUCUUUAAUAAAAUUUAAGGUGCUACAUAUAUGAAAUAUUAGAAAUCAAUGAGUAGGACAUUAAUGAAACAUUGAUUCUAUUUUGGGCUGCAUUUGAUUUUGUAUACAAAUACGCAUACUUUACUGCUAAAAAUUGGCAAGAAUUGAAGUAAAACAAUUGAGUCCAGUUGUUCUGAAGCCGUACAUAAUUUACUACUGUAAUACAAAGGGAGACGAAUCAAUGAAAUAAACAAGGUGUUCACUUUAAAAUUA